AUGCAUGUGAAUCAUGUUAGCAAUUAUAGCUUUGGGGAAGCUGAGGCAUUAACUGAUGAGAUUGAAGAAGAGUUUCAGCAUGUUGGGGAGGUUUUGAGGAUCCGAAACGUUCUGCUUAACUUUAAAGAAGAGUCUGACUCUGUGUUAUUUGAGUCAUUGAGGAGGCUCCAGCUGAUGGAACUCACUGUGGAUCUUCUAGAGGCAACUGAGAUUGGAAAGGCUGUCAAUCCUCUCCGAAAGCAUGGAUCAAAGGAUAUUAGUCAACUCGCACCACUCAUCUACCAUUUCUUUCCAGCAAUACUCUUAUUGAUAUCCUUUGAUCCAUGCUUUCGGAGAGGAUUGACAGCCUUUCCAAUCUCAGUUGCCUCUAGAAGAAUCCACAAUCCACCCUUUCACCCCCCCAAAAUCGAUGGCAUGGAUGAUUAUGGAAAUCCUCGACAGAGUGGACAAUACAACAGAAACUGUGAAAAUGGGAGAAAGCCAGCUUUGGACAGUCAAGUUGUAGAAAGGAGGAAAUCUGAGGCUUCCAUUGAGCCAUCUAUCACUGCCAAGGACAGUAAGAGUCAGCAACCAAGGAAAAAUGAGGUUGUUGUGAGGCGAAAUAAACCAGAAACUGCUGAUAAUGGCCCUGUCAGACCCCCAAAAUCAACUAUGCAGCGAAAAAGCAAUAUAGAGCCAAAGAAGCAGCCAAAAAUAGAGAACAAUACAAUCCCAAAGAAACCUCCCGAUUAGAAAGAUAAAUCCAAGUUUUCAGAUGAAGCUGCAGUCCAAGUAAAGUUAGAGGCCACUAAGAGGAAACUUCAUGAGCGUUAUCAACAAGUUGAAAAUGCUAAGAGGCAGAGGACAAUACAAGUUCUAGAA